AUGGCAUCCAACAAGGAAGAAGUGCGAGAGAACAUCAGUGACAGACCUCAAAGGGAAUCUCAUCCCGUUCUCAAUUAUCCAAACCAGGCUGAAAAACAGAAGGAGCGGGACACAGAAGCACAAGAAUAUGCUGUCAUGCAGGAGGAAAUGCCGAGACCAAUUGGUGGUAGACGUUCUUUAUUUCGUCCCGAUACUGAGAAGCAAAAGGAAGCUCAGCAAUGGCAACAGCAUACAAAACUCGAUACAGAUGCGUCCUACGAGACACACCGAAACAACUAUCGUAUUGUGCAUCAUGAGAAUGGCGCGGCUGACAAUAGUGGAGGAACAGCUACGAGAACUAUAACAUUGAUGCAGCAAGAAAUUCAUCGGGCACUUCCUACACUGGUUCUAAAAUUAAAUACUCAAAAUCAGCAUGUGAAAGAUCGUCAUCAACAGAAGAUGAAAAAUAUGACUGAACAAGAACAAGAACAAUAUUUUCAUGAUGCGCUCAAGGAUUUUGAACGCAUGCUCGCUCGUAAUGUUGACGAAUUUCGUCAAACGGUUAUGAGUGCUCGACCAGAUCCAAAAGAUCCAGAAUAUCGAGAGAAAAAAGUGGCCUAUAUUGAAUAUGUAAAGGGCGCCACAUUGAUGGUCGAACAUAUGCGAAAAACCAUCACAGAUUUAUUAACACGAUAUCGACUGUUCCUCGACGAUGUAUGGGAAGCAAUCACAAAUGGGAAUGAUCCUACGCCCGUUACACGACAGUUUCAAGAAAACGUCGAUAAUUAUAUAGAACAAAGAUGGGAUCCAAUAUUUCAUAAAAUUGAUCAGCUUGAACAACAAGUUGAAGGAACAAAAUCGAACAAGCAAAGUCAAUAA